AAAAAACAGAUCAUUCCUCGGAGGUCAGAGGUUCUACUUCCUGUUCGGCGGUAAAGCGUGUUCUUGUUUGUGAGCCGCUAACGUUACAGUGACGAAGCGAAGGAAUCGAACAUCUAACCACCGGGAGACGCGUUUGAACCGAAUUAAAGAUGAGUUUACCUCUGAACCCAAAGCCCUUCCUGAACGGCCUGACAGGCAAACCCGUGAUGGUGAAGCUGAAGUGGGGAAUGGAGUACAAGGGCUACCUGGUGUCUGUGGAUGGAUACAUGAACAUGCAGCUGGCGAACACGGAGGAGUACGUGGACGGAGCAUUGGCAGGUCACCUCGGUGAAGUGCUCAUCAGGUGCAAUAAUGUUCUGUACAUCAGAGGUGUAGAAGAAGAAGAGGAGGACGGAGAAAUGAGGGAGUGAUGUUGGCGUCUGGGGGCGACUGCUCCUCGUAGAGUUGAGUUAAUCUGUUUGUGUUUUCACCAUGUGAAACAUUGGGGGGGGCGGGGGGGUCAUGAAGGGGUGUGGCUUUUCAAGCAGUUUUGAAAAUGCUGUUCUUUUCUUUUCUUUUCUUUUUUACUGUAUAUGGAUUUUAUGUUGUGACUUUGUGAUACAGACACAAUAAAGUGAUUAUUGUACCAUUUCUUAAACCUGAUGUUAAUUCUUGUUUAAAGCCACAAGUUUCAUUUUGUCUCCAAUUAUUACACUGAACGAAUUUAUCGAUAAAUCUGUUUUCCUUAUUGAAACAUUAAAUAUAAUCUGUGACAUGAUUCAACCGGAAAUCUGUGAGUGAAACAAACACUUCCAACUUAAACUCUCACUUCAUUAUACAGUUUUUGUAUUUAUUGCAAUUUUCUGUAUUUCUGUGAGACACAUCCUCGCAUUUGCAAACUGUAACGUAUAAUAGUCUUUAUUUAAAUCCUUCCAGACUCUAUCAAUCAACUUAAUUACCAUCAGUGAUAUUACAAGACAGGAACAUAAAGAGCAGCACAUGGAAUAUUGAAAUUUCUUCUCAUUUUGGGGCUACUGUAUAAAUACAUUUGUAUUUCAAGUUUUUCAUCUAUUUUCAUUACCACUGAAAGUAACUUGUAUAUUAACAUGGCUGUUUUGUUGUUUUUAUAUACUCUGUACAAACAUUAGACUGGUUUGAUGAAAUUAAAGUAAUAAAAACAGCAA